GCUCGUUCGGUCCUGUGACGUUUCAGCUUUCGGGCUGUUGGCUUUGAAAUCCUACUCUCAUUCCAGAAACGUCGACGGUCGGUUGGCAUCGCUUCUCGACCUCUCUUCGCUUAAACGACAAACAACAACCUCGCUUUGGAGUUUUUCGACGAUAUAUCAAGUCUGUCCAGAUCUGACAAUGAAGACAGAGGAAAGUGGCCAGGCCCACCAGGCUCGCCUCAGUGAGGGAAUGCGGCUCAUUUUUGACCAAGAGACCAGCUCCUCACGCUCUACUAGUCGCAGCAGCAGCCCAGACAGUUCCUACUCCAGCAGCAGUGGCUCUUCCUAUAGGUCAGACGAGUCACGGCGUUCACGGCGACGACAUCGCCGGAGGUCCCGUUCCUCCUCCUCCGAUAGCAGCUCCUCAUCUGACAGCCGCUCCCGCACGCGUUCCCGCUCUCACCCGCGCUGCCACCGUGCUGCAGACCGAUCUCGCUGUCGGCACCACUCUCCUCCCCGCCGCUACCGGGCCCGCUCUAGGUCCUUCAGUCCUUCACCAUAUCGCUCAUCCCGCCAUGGACGCAGGCACAGGGCAUACUCCCGCUCCAGCAGCCGUUCUUCUUCACGUGGCCGCUACUCCAGGCGCUGGCGCAGGUCUCGCUCACGGUCCUCAGUUACAGGGGUGUCUAGCAGGUUUGUGGGGAGGUACAGGUGCAGAUUCUCCCCCUCACCAAAGAGGCGCUACAGAGACUACAGGAGCAGAUCAAGAUCUCCAGAACAGUCUGCUAUUCGGCUUAGCCAGAGAGAAAAAAUGGAUCUCCUGAACAUUGCUAAAGAGAACGCAACAAAAAUUCUUGGUGUACAGAACCUGGAGCUGCCUGCCAGUGUGAAGACUAUGGAGCAACAAACAAAGCAGCAAGAAAAGAAACCAGAGCCUAACGCUGAAGAACGGGUGAGAGUAGACCCGGUGUCACUGAAGAAACCAGCACAGGACAAAGAUAUGAGAGCUGAAGAUGACAGCGUUCCUAAGAUGUCCCCAUCAAGGAAACCAAUUACCUUCAGCAUCAGUAACGCUGUUGCCAAACCAUCAAGCAGCCCAACGUUCCAUGUGUCGGAGAGUAAGGUAACAUCCAGAGCAGACAGCGUGGGGAACAGAAAGCCAUAUGGACAGUGGGUCCCCAUCAAGAAAUCUUCCCCUAACAAACACUGAUCUUCCAUUUGUCUUUAGAUUGGAAGGUUUUAUGGACACUGUAAAUACUGUAAAUAGUUUGUACAGGGGGAAAGGGGAAGGGUAGUGAUCUCUUGUUUCAUUAGACGUGUUUUCUUUCAGAUGUAAAGUGAUUUAAGUUGGAGGAAGACCAGAGGAGUGCGAACAGGUGGGAGUUAAUGUGUAUAUAGUGUCGUCGUGUUUUGUGCUGUUCAGAUUUCUAAAUAAACAAUGUAUUUAUGAGA